AUGGCUGCCGUAUACAAGUCUCUGUCCAAAAAGAGCUCCCUAAAGUCCGAAGCUCCAAGCAAUGGCGUCAAGAAGAACAAGCAGCGAGUCUUGAUCCUCUCCUCGCGAGGCGUCACUUACAGGCAUCGGCACCUCUUGAACGACAUCGCAUCCAUGCUCCCGCAUAGUCGCAAAGACGCCAAGUUCGAUUCCAAGUCGAGGCUCAACGAACUCAACGAGCUAGCCGAGCUGUACAACUGCAAUAACGUCUUGUUCUUCGAAGCGAGAAAGGGGAAGGACUUGUACGUAUGGCUCAGCAAGAUUCCGAAUGGGCCAACGGUCAAGAUGCAUCUUCAGAACCUACACACAAUGGAGGAGUUGCAUUUCACCGGAAACUGCCUGAAGGGCUCCCGACCAAUACUCUCGUUCGACGCCGCUUUCGACAAGCAACCACACCUGCGCGUCAUCAAGGAGCUGUUCUUACACACCUUCGGUGUCCCGCAAGGAGCACGUAAGUCUAAGCCCUUUGUCGACCACGUCAUGGGCUUCAGCUUCGCCGAUGGAAAGAUCUGGGUGCGCAAUUAUCAGAUCAGUGAACAAGAAGGGUCCAGUAUCAAGCUUGGCCAAGACGACGCUGAGGCGCAAACCAAGAGCAACUCCAAAUCGAGGUCGGCCGUCGGCGAUACAGAAAUCAACCUUGUCGAGAUUGGCCCGCGCUUCGUGCUCACGCCGAUUGUGAUCCAGGAGGGAUCGUUUGGCGGUCCCAUCAUUUAUGAGAACCGCGAGUUCAUAUCGCCAAACCAGCUCAGGGCGGACCUGCGCAAGUCCAAGGCCUCGCGGCAUAAUGCACGGGCAGAGCAAACGGUGAUGAGAUUAUCCAAGAAGGGAGACUUGGGAUUGAGAUCAAACGGGCGCAAUCGGGUGGCAAACGACGAGCUGGACAACCAGUCGAUCUUUGCUUAG